AUGACAGAAGAGAGUAAUUGCUCAACGAUUCAAAAGUUACAAUUUGAAUCCGUCGAUUUGCCAUUUAUACAGAUUCUCUUCGCUAUUCUUUAUUCAAUCGUUUGGGUGGCAGCGAUUGUCGGGAAUUCUUUAGUUCUUUACGUUGUCGUCUUCAGGCAGGUUUCCCUCUCGGUUCGCUCGGUGUUUCUUGGGUGUUUAGCGGUGUCUGACUUGUUGAUGAGUUUAACUUCUUUACCGAUCACUGCUGUGGUCACUUUCACGCGCGUCUGGGUCUUCCCUGCUUUUCUCUGCAAUUUAAUCGGCGUCUUUCAGGGUGGCAGCAUUUUUGUCUCCUCAUUCACCCUCACCGCCAUCGCCAUUGAUCGAUGCAUUUUCAUUUUGAAACCGAAUCGAGAGGUGAUCGGCUUUUCCCGUGCUGUCCCAACUGUUUUUCUCAUUUGGUUAUGGGGUUACAUGUUGGCAUUUCCGGUUGGACUUUUCUCGAAAACUACUUCAUUCCUUGGAUAUUGCGGGGAAUUUUGCGAGGAAACAUGGCCAGACGAAGAUGCGGAUGGUUUCUCGAAAAUUCGUCGACUUUAUGGGAUCACUGUGUUGUUGCUACAAUUCGGCAUUCCUACCGUAAUCUCGUCGCUCUGUUACUACAUGAUUUCGCGAGUGAUGAAUUGUCAAUUGGAAAAGCGGAGAGGGCAAAAGUUGUUGCCCGAUCGAGAGGUGCAACUCGUUUCGCGGAAAACGAGAGCAAAUAGGAUGAUGAUUUCAAUGGUCGGGGGUUUAGUGUUAGCGUGGAUGCCGCUGAACGUCAUGAACUUGUUGCGGGAUUUCUUUCAAUUUGGCGGUACAACGCCGUGGUUCUCGACGGUUUUCGCUUUGUGUCAUGUAGUGGCGAUGACGUCAGCCGUUUGGAAUCCAUUGAUAUAUUCAUGGUUCAACCCUCAAUUCCGAACGGCGAUAAAGGGAAUCUGGGAUGAGCAGCGACGGAAGAAUUGUCGAAGUGACAAUAGUGAGGUUCUCAACAUGAAAACGGAGAUCCGACUAAAAAGCGAGUACACUUUUCGGCCAUCCGACGACAAUCAGCUU